AUGCCAGCAGGUCCGUCCUCGCCGUUUGAAGUCUCUCCAGCCAGCCGGGGCGAGACCAUCCCUCCGCACAGUCUCCACCCUGCCCAGCAGCAUCAGCCUCAACAGCAGCAGCAGCAGCCACCGCCGCCUCCGCCUUUUGCUGUCGGUGCCGAUGCCGGUGCCGUAACCCACUUCCGUCCCGGCUCCGGCCCCCCUAACACCGGGUCUUCCAUCGACAUGUCUGAGAUGGAGGCCCACCAAUCCGUGUUUCAUGCCGAGCUCUCACGGGAUCAGGAUUUACAUAUGCCCUCUGCCGCAGACGGGCAAACCGAGCAACAGCAGCAGCAACAUGCUGUAGUAGUACCUGGUGGUGGUGUUGGUGGUUUUGGGCCAACGGGCCCGUCAACGUCAGACCUUUCGCAUCGGCCGGUUCAUGGCCCCGCGAUGGAGCCGCCGCCAGUUCAGCAUAGCCAGUUUGGCAUUUUGGCGCCGGGCCUUGCGAUGCCGGAAGCCAUCACGAUUGAGAUGGGCGAGUCUCUCGUCGGGCCCGCCGGGUUCAUUCCCAUCGACGGUACUACCACCCCCGGAUGGAGGCCGCACGGCAGUCUUUUAAGCGCGAAAUGGGUUCUCGACCCCCCGAACCUCGAGGAGUGGCGGCAGAAGCUGUUUGAUGCAGAUGGCCUCAUCAUUCUCACUCAUGAGCAGUCUGUUCACUCCCCUUCUUCAGCAGCUGUAGCAGCAGCGUCCAAUAAAACUCAGAGGUUCGAGACCUACUUCCCACACGUAGACAACGUCUACUCCCACCGUUCAACCCAGAAUUACAAGAAGAAACCCUUCAUCUCCCACUACUGGGACUGCCGCCUCAAGGGCCGCCCUCCCGGAACAAAAAAAUCCGACGACCCGACCAAGAAGCGCCGCAACCGCGUCUCGCGCAAACUCAACCUGUGCGACGUCAAGAUCAAAAUCACAGAGUAUUUUCCCGGCGCCACCCUCCACGACGUCGACGACGGCACCUACGUGCCCCUGAACGGCGGGCAGGCGCUCAACGGGGCGCAUACAGUGCUCGCACCGCCUGGGGAGAGGGAGCUGAGGGUCGCGCCCGCGACGCCGAACAACCUGCCCGCGCCGGGGCAGAAGUUUUGGACGAUCCAGCGGGUGAACGGGCACAUUAGCGUCAGCGGCAUCCCGGGGCCGCAUCAGCAUACCCUCGCCAAGAGCGACGAGGUGAAGAAGAAUAGUAUUCAGCGAUAUCUUGCCAAGCAUAAGACUGACGCCGCCAAGAACGAUGGACCUCGAAAGGCAACGGGCCGGGCUCACUGGACCAUCAAGAAGCACGAGAAAGAGAGCGAUUUGAAGCUGUAUUCAGCAUGUUACUGUCCCUUUUCUCAAAGCGUCUGGAUCGCUCUUGAAGCAAAGGGGCUGGCUUACCAGUACUGCGAAGAAGACCCGUACAAGGUGGCGGCCUCGCAACCGCUGCUGGAAGCAAACCCCAGGGGAACCGUUCCCGCGAUACGGCAAGGCGACUGGGCUUGUGCCGACAGCGGCGUGAUAUUGGAAUAUCUCGAAGACAUGGACAAGACCAUCCCACUCUUCCCAUCAGACGUAAAACUCCGCGCAAAUUGUCGACAAUGGAUAACCCACAUAAACACCCGCCUCGCCCCAGCAUUCUACCGCCUCCUCCGCAGCCCAGACCCAACCUUACGACCACAGUACAUUGAGCGCCUCCAAAACGCAAUCAAAGACCUCGUCCUCGCCGCAGACGAACAGGGGCCCUUCUUCCUCGGAAACACAAUGUCCCUCGUCGACGUCCACUUUGCGCCCUUUGCCGUCCGCCUCUCGCGCGUCCUGCAGCCGCUGUGCGGGUGGCCUGCGCCCGCGCCUGGGUUGCGGUGGGCUAAAUGGCUCGAUGCGCUGGAGAAUAACGCGCAUGUUCAGGCUACGACGAGCGGGAAGGCGGUGUAUGCGGAGACUGUGGAAUUCUUGCAGGUGGCUCUUGAUCCGGAUGGGCAGCUGAAUAUUUGA